AUGUCAACUUCAAAAUCACACACACGUGAACCUCUUAAUACACGACAACGAUCGAUUCUUGUUACAUUUUAUGAUAAAAAUCCAUAUCCAUCAGCAAGUGAACGUCAACAACUUGUUGAAUUAACUGGUCGAACAUCGAAACAAAUUCAAGAUUGGUUUUCUAAUCGACGACGUAAUGAUCCAAAGUUAGCAUCGGGUAGACCAAAUUUUAUUUCGCCACCUGCACCACUUCCAUCAACGUCGAUACAACCAAUUUAUUACUAUACACCAACACCUUCAUCAAUGUCAACUAUUUGUCCAUGUUGUUAUUUAAUUCAAUCGCCUGCGAUAAGUGAUCAAUCGAUUUAUUCUCCUUGUACAACAUUUUACUAUCCUCCAUCAAAUAAUACUUUUGAAUCGUGA